AUGAAGAUCUUGAGGGAAGAGCUGCAUCGAUCAAUCCUGGAGCUAGAGAGAUACCCGAUACAAUCACGAUUCACUGUUUUGAUCCGUCACUGUGGCAAAUCCUUGGCUCUGGAAGAAGGCCGUCGCUUGCACAGGAUUCUUGCGAGAGAUGGCGCAGACCAAGAAACUUUCAUGGGCAAUCUGCUCGUCCAAAUGUAUGGCCAGUGCAGGGACCUCGCUCAAUGCAAGCAAGCAUUCGAGAAGAUCAGGAAGAGGAAUCUUUACUCUUGGAACAUAAUGGUCGCGGCAUAUGCCCAAAACGGGCAUCUUGAUCUCGCUGCGCGGCUCUUCGGGCUGAUACCAGAGACGAACUUGGUGUUGUGGAACGCAAUGAUAUCUGGGUAUGCGCAAAACAAGUCGAUAGAUAUAGCGAAGGAUCUCUUUGAAAAAAUGCCCGAGAGGGAUGUUGCGUCUUGGAACUCGAUGAUUUCGGCAUUUGCUCUACAUGGGGAAUGUAGCAACGCAGUGGCGCUUUUGCUGGAAAUGGACCUGGAAGGGAUCCAUUGCAACAGGAUCACACUCUUGAGCAUUUUAGACGCUGUCGAUCGCAUCCAUUUGAAGUUCCUCCACGCGGAGAUUUGCAGCCGAGGACUUGACACCGAGGUGGCGAUGGGUACGGCACUGAUCAAAACGUACGGGAGGAUGGAAUCUCCGGAUCUAGCGCGCAGUGCGUUUGAUAGAAUCUUGGAGCGUAAUAUCGUCAGCUGGAACACUCUCGUUGAGGCUUGUUUUUCGGAUGAGAUACUCCGUCGGAUGCCUCUAUGGGAUCUUGUGUCGUGGACUUUGGCGUUAACGGCAUAUGCCCGUGAUGGGAAUUUGCUGGAUGCCAUUCGCAUCUUCAUGGGCAUGCCCGAGAGAAGCAGCGUGACGUGGAAUGCCAUGCUGGCGGGCUGCGUCCAGCAUGGAGCUUUGGGCGAGGCCGAUUGGCUGUUUGAGGUGAUGCCCGCUAGGAAUGUGGUGACGUGGACGACGAUGAUCUUUGGAGGGGAUCACAGGAGGUCUUUGAGCUUGUUUCGAGCCAUGGAUUUGGAGGGUCUUCAGCCAAAUAGGAUCACGUUUUUGAGCCUCAUCGAUGGAUUUGGAUCGCCGCAAGCUUUGGACGCGUCGCGAAUCGUCCACAAAUGUGCCGCGUACGAGAGUCUCGAUCUGGAUCACGAGGUUUUGUCCAGUCUCGUCAAAAUGUACGCUAGAUGUGAGAGUCUAGUCGAUGCGAAACUCUUGUUCCAGAAUGAGAUGAAUCGAUCAAGUUUGGUGUACAACUCCAUGCUCUGUGCUCUCUCGGGAGAAGAAGAAGAAGCGCUAGUGUUCUUGCGAGAAAUGGACUUGGAGGGCGUCAAAGUGGAGAAAUCUUCUCUCAUCGACACACUUGAGAGCUGCAAAUCCAUAGCCCAAGGCAAAAUCCUUCACAGCAGCAUUCCCAGCGAGCUUCUCCGAUCGGACACGGCCCUGGGAACUUCCGUGCUCUACAUGUACGGCCGACACGGGGACGUGAUCACCGCCCGUACAAUCUUCGAGGAACUCCACGAACGAAACCUGGUCGCCUGGACAGCGCUAAUCUCAACUUACGCACAAAACGGACGUGGAAACACGGCCCUGGAGCUCUUUCGUCUCGUGGGAUUGGAUGGAAUCCUCCCGGACACCGUCACCUUUGCAAAAAUUCUCAUCGCAUGCAGCCAUGCAGGGCUCGUCACCCACGGCUGCCAAUUUUUCAGCUCGUUCAUGGGGGAUUACAACCUGGUUCCAUCGCUGGAUCACUACAAUUGCCUCAUCGAUCUCUUGUGUCGAAAUGGGCGUUUGUUUGAUGCCCAAGAAGUGGCCGCAAACAUGCCAUUCGAGCCAAACCUCGUGUCGUGGGUGACUUUGCUGGGCGGCUGCUCGAUCCACAGCGAUCCAGAGCGAGCAUUUGGAGCAGCCCAGCGAGCGAACGGAGUCGACAGUCGCAGCACCGCUCCCUAUUCCUUGCUCUCCAACCUUGUAAAAUCCCUGAAAUGA